CAGAAACGGGCUGCUGGAUGUAGAAGGAAAGUAGGUCGUGCGCACGGAAAAUGCCUCUAAGGGACAAGUGUUGUCAGACUGACCACCAUCACCAUGGAUGCUGCGAACCAGUGCAUCUGUUGGAACCUGGUGAUCCUCCGUUAUUACAGCAGCCUCUGCAAACAUCAAAAUCUGGUAUUCAACAAAUCAUUGAGUGUUUUCGAUCAGGAACUAAACAACUUAAACAUAUCUUGUUAAAAGAUGUGGACACCAUUUUUGAGUGUAAAUUGUGCCGGAGUCUCUUCAGAGGAUUACCAAAUUUAAUUACUCAUAAGAAGUUUUAUUGUCCUCCAAGUCUCCAGAUGGAUGAUAACCUCCCAGACAUAAAUGAUAAACAGAGUCAAGCCAUAAAUGACCUCCUGGAAGCAAUCUAUCCAAGGGUAGAUAAGCAAGAAUAUGUAAUUAAAUUGGAACCUAUAGAAACUAAUCAGAAUGCUGUAUUUCAAUAUGUAUCAAGGACUGAUAGCCCAGAUGAGAACACAGAAAGUAGUAGUACCCCUGAUCAAGCUCCGGUACAGAUACAGGAACCCAGCACUGAGCAACCCAAGACUGUUUCAGCUCCAGCCCCAGUCCCAGCUGGGGAGACUGUAGAGUUACCUCCUGCUGAUCCCGUUACAAACAAGGUGGUACCUACUCCCGAAGAACAGCCUCCAGCAGUAAAUCCUGAUUUGGACUCUCCGGAUAAUUCUGAUUUUGGCCACCAGUUGAUAUGUUGCCUUUGUAGGAAAGAAUUUCAUUCCAGACGCAGUGUACGCCGGCACAUUCGAAAAGUGCACAAAAAAAAGAUGGAAGAGCUGAAGAAGUACAUAGAAACAAAAAAGAAACCAAAUCAGUGCCCCGCAAAAGGACGAAAUAAGAAUGUUCUUGUAACAUUAGGUAGAAGUUGUCCUGUGUGUUAUAAAUCAUUUGCUACAAAAGCCAACGUAAGGAGGCAUUUUGAUGAAGUUCAUAGAGGAUUAAGAAGGGAUUCCAUUACUCCUGAUAUAGCUACAAAGCCUGGGCAACCUUUGUUCUUGGAUACAGUUUCUGCUAAAAAAUCUUUUAAGACCCGAAAACAAAAGUCGUCUUCAAAGGCUGAAUACAAUUUAAGCGCAUGCAAAUGCCUUCUGUGCAAGAGAAAAUAUAGUUCACAAAUAAUGCUGAAAAGGCACAUGCAAAUUGUUCACAAGAUAACUCUUUCUGGAAAGAACUCUAAAAGAGAGAAAGGACCCAACAAUACUGCCAAUGGCACAGAAAUAAAAGUAAAAGUCGAACCAGCAGAUUCUGUAGAACCUUCACCCCCUUCCAUUGCCCUUUCUCCACAGAGUGAAUUAAAGGGAACAAAUCAUUCAAAUGAGAAAAAGAGCACACCGUCAGCACAGAAAAAUAAAGUUAAACAAGACCCUGAAAACCCUAAAUCAACUUCUAAAUCAACCACUAAGUCAACCUCUAAAUCAACCUCUAAAUCAACCAAUGCAUCUGCUGCAGGUGGCCAGCAAAAAACCAGGAAGCCAAAACUUUCAGCUGGCUUUGACUUCAAGCAGCUUUACUGUAAACUCUGUAAACGCCAAUUUACUUCUAAACAGAACUUGACAAAACACAUUGAGUUACACACAGAUGGAAAUAACAUUUAUGUUAAAUACUACAGGUGUCCACUCUGCUCUUAUGAAACACGCCGCAAACGUGAUGUGAUAAGACAUAUAACUGUAGUUCAUAAAAAGUCACCACGCUACCUUGGGAAAAUAACUGCAAGUUUGGAAAUCAGAGCAAUAAAAAAGCCAAUUGAUCUUGUUCUAAAUAAGGUGACAAAAAGAGGCCCUCAGAGGGAUGAAACAAAACAGAUUGUUUCAAAACAGGAUGUCACCUCUAAUUCUCCCAGUAAAAAGUAUGAAGGAGCUGAUGUUGGCAUUGAAGUAAAAGUAACAAAAAACUUUUCUCUGCACCGAUGCAAUAAAUGUGGGAAAGCGUUUGCCAGAAAAGCUUUUCUAGAACAUCAUAAGAAAACCCACAAAGCAAAUGUGUCUCAUUCACCUGAAGAAAAUAAAACCAAAGGCAGAAGUACAAGAUCUAAAGCUGUUGUCUGGUGA